UAUUAUUUUCUUCAUUCGAUUGUAAAUUAAAGUAAUCUAGUUUGUGGAUAUUUGGGACGCUAAAAGUCGCAAAUCUUUCACUUAACAUUUCGUCUGAUACGUGUAUCAAAGUUGUCCAUAUCAAGUAGAAUUGCAAAGAAGUUAGCUUGUUAAACAAAACAAAAAAAAAAAAAAAACAAACGAAAUCGGUACAGAAGUGGUUGCGAUGGAUCCGUGUUGCUGCUGCCUGCGGCGUCCCCCGGACAAGGACCUGACGACGCCGUACACACAUCGCGGAAAAACAGAGAUAUUUUAUGACAUGUUCAAAGAAUGCUUCAAAAUAGAUCUUGUGUUGGGAGGUUCGGGCUCCUGCGGCAUUUGCUGGGCGUGCGUGGGCCGCCUGCGAGAUGCGAGCGACUUCAAGCUGCAAGUGCAGCGCAGCCAGGCAGAGCUGCGGGCCGCAUUGCUUAAUAUAGCAGACACUGCAGUCAAGUCUGAACAGGCUGACAGUGCUUAUGACAACUCUGUGUUCGAAGUGCCAAGUAUUUCUUCUUCAGAUGAAAAACUCGCUGAGAAAUCAGAGGUGACCAAAGAAGAAACCAAUGAACUUAAGGUUGAAGAUACUUGCAAUACUGAGACGGAUGACGUGAUGAGUGAGGAUGACUAUACAGCGGAAUUCGCGCCCGCCGCCGCGCAGCUCGCGAUGACUUGCCGCGUACAGCUGCAGCGCCUUCGUCCCGAACAACUCUUGCGCAGACAAACAAACCCAUACGCCUGCGAACACUGCACCACCACCUUCACAAAUAAAGAUGUUCUAACUGCACACAUACAACAAACACACGCAUCCUCUGAACAGUUACUACUAGAUAAUAGUUACGUUAAAAUGUUUACUAAUAAAGAUGUUCUAUCUACAAACAUACAAACACACUUAUCAUCAGCACAUUCACAACUAGAUAAUAGUUGUGUUAAAAUGUUAUCAUCUGAACAGUCACCACUAGAUAAUAGUUCCGUUAAAACGUUUUUUAAGUGCAGUAACUGUGGUUACAUGUGCACGGAUAAAUCAAGAUUAGUCCUUCACCAGGCGAAACAUGAGGCUAAGAAGCUCCAGGGCAUCCAGGAAUGCGGCGAGUGUGGCUAUGAGUGCACACAGGAACGCGAGUUUCAGGAUCACAUGUUGACACACAGAGAUCACAGCGCCACGGAUAAAUCAAGAGGCCUUCACCAGGCGGAACACAAGGCUAAGGAACUCCACGAAUGCGGCGAGUGUGGCUACCAGUGCACACAGAAACGCGAGUUUCAGGAUCACAUGUUGACACACAGAGCUCACAACAGCGAUAAACCUUAUAAGUGUGACCACUGCGGCUAUGCUACUUGUUCUAAAUAUCGUUUACUCGCUCAUCUAGGAAAAAUGUACUGAUGAGCUCCGCUUGAAAAAACCCAGGGAUGACAUGACGUUGACAGCCGAAUUACUGCCGCAAAAAUUGUAUUUGUAUUAUGACUAAUAUAUGAAUGUCAAUUUUUUCGACAGACGCAUACGAAAGGUUAAUUAUUAUUAUUAUGUAUUUAUUUCAAAUAACAUAUAUUCAUAUAAAUGGUUAGUAACAUAACAUAAUACAACAAAUUGUCUUAUCAUCUAUGUAGGUUAGUAUUCUUAUCUACAGUUAUAACUAAUAAGCGAUUUUAAGUUGCUACACUCAAGGACUUUAAUUGUUGAGCCAUUUAGAGACCACAAUAAUUUUGUUAAUUCAUAGUUAGGCUAUGACGCAUCCAGUAUAAAAUAAGCUAGAAGUGGAUCAACUCAUCUUUCAGAUCAUAAUUAUAUUUUUUUGUAUAAUCAACCUUAAGGCAGAAUGGAUUCACCCAAGUUUGGAGGGUCGGUUCACACCGGGAUGGCAGCGGCCGAGGUAAUUUUCAAACUUCAUCUGCGUGGUCUUUUUAACCCCCGACGCAAAAACGAAGGGGUGUUAUAAGUUUGACGUGUCUGUUUGUGCGUAUGUCUGUCUGUCUGUCUGUCU